GGACAUGUGUUAGCAAGGGUAGCACAGUGUCCGACGGUUCCUCCGUUCCUGCACAACGGGAAAAAUGUUAUGCAGAGCGAGGCCGGUACAAGACCAACGGAAGUGCAGCGAGCUGUCGGAAAGUCCUUGGAAGCAAUCAUGAGGAGGGAUCUGCUCUGGGUAGCUGACCCAAGUUUGUUCCAGGAGAUGGUAUCAGACCGAGCGGUAAAAAGACCAGCAUGCUCGGAGGAGCAAGCGAGGGAGGUAGCAGCAAAGUUGAGCCAUCUCGUAGUUGUCUCCGUUGACAGGAACCCGGGGGAUCUAGUGGUCAUGUGCCCGUCAACGUACCAUCAUGGUCUUCAGAUAAUGUUCAACUUGAAUGUCGCCUACCAGCAAGUAUAUGAGUUAUCCGAGAAAGAUGUGCUGAAGCAAGUGAGGAUGGAGUAUAAGAAACAAGCCCUUGAUAAGGUAGGGGCCUGGAACCCAGCAGCCAGGCUAGGGCAAGCUUAUGUGAUGCCGAAGCAUAAAGACCUGACGAGGUGGAGGCCAAUAGCGCCGGCUUGUAUGGAAGGGUCCAAGACUGCGGGGAGAAGGCUAGCGCGUGUACUGAAUUUCCUGCUUGAGAAGGUUCCCCAAGCCAAGCAUUUCAACCUAAAAGCUACGGCGAUGUUGAAACAGAACUUGCAGAUGGCGGGAAAAAGGUUGAGUGUAUUUGGUGAUAGGUCUAUGGCCCUGAUGGCCAGCUACGACAUCAAAGAGAUGUUCACCUCGCUGCCACACGUGGCGAUUCAGCGUGCUGUCGAUUGGUUGCUGCAACAGUGGGAGUCGAGAGGAGUGUAUAAGCUGAGCUUGAGCAGAAGAGGUCGAGUGGUAACUCUUAGUAGGAAGAGCCCGGGGCCGGGCUAUGUAACAGUCAAAUUCUCUCAGAUCCUGCAGAUGAUUAGCUACGAAUUGGAGAAUACGUACGUUAUGUGUAGGAAAAUGAUUCUCAAGCAGGUUGUGGGCAUCCCGAUGGGGAAGAAUUCAAGCCCAUCACUCGCGUGUGUACUGUGUGCAAAACAUGAGGUGGACUUUGUUAGCUCACUAGGGGCUGAUCAAAGACUGGUGCACGGGGUCAGGUUGGUAGAUGAUGUUACGUUGGGUGUCGCAUGUGAUGUGAGUGACCAUCGGAGUGUAUUGGCAGCAAGGUACAUCUGUCUGAAAUUCAUGAAGGCGUACGGGGAGCAGCUUAUGCUGGUAAGGACAGAUGAUGGCACCAACUCCUGGGAUUUUCUGGGGAUCAGGGUUGCUGCUUUGCCAGGGCCGAUCAAGUUUGUCGUCCGCCCCCAGCAUAAGAACGAGGAGGCUGGGCUGGAAGACCCGCUAACCUUCAGGUGCUUCCAGGAUUUUGCAUCGUACUCGGAUAAGCGAGCGAAGGCGGGUAUGGUGAUAGCUGCACUGCACAGGAUCAAACAGCAUGCGAGCAAUCCAGCAACGGGGGACCAAGCGGCGCUAUCUGUUAGCGUGGAGCUGGGGCGCCGGGGGUAUCCCCCGGCGCUCUUUUCCAAUGCUCUGGCGGUGUUUGCCAGAGCCACCGGCCAGUUCAGAGCAGCGCUGAAGACGCUGACCGAGCAGCCGGUUAGAAUACUAAUAGGAAGAUCGAAGGGAGCAGGCAUGCGAACGUGAGAGGAAGGAGCCUACAACGAAGCAAGGAGACAGGAACGUGGGAGGACAGAGUGCCUAGUGCCAGGGUGUAC